GACGCGGCACGUCCUCUGAGCGGUCGGGUCCCCAGAGCCCGCCCGUGACCAUGGAGGCCAGAGUGCUCUGGCUGCUGGCAUUGGUCCUGGCCUUGGGGUCCUCCAGCUUGGCUGACGAGUAUGUGGGCCUGUCGGAGAACCUGUGUGCCGUGCCGGCCAAGAACAGGGUGGACUGUGGCUACCCCGAGAUCAGCCCCGAGCAGUGUGUCAACAGGGACUGCUGCUUUGACCCCAGCAUCCCCGAGGUGCCUUGGUGCUUCAAGCCUCUGCAGGACACAGAAUGCACAUUUUGAAGCGACGCCCACCGGCCCCGGACACCCUGGAAUGAGAUCUGUGCUCCGGGGGACCCUGCCUGCGUCCUCGGGGGGGCCGGCCGAGGCCGCUCCUCCCUGCUUUUCUCCCAACCUGCUCCUGGCAAGCCCUUCCGCUGAAAGCUGAUGCCUGGGGCCUGAUGGCUUAACGAAUAAAGAUCCUGUGCUCAGCACGAGGGCUGCGCCUCAUUCCCGAGACUCCUCCCGUGCUGUUGAGUUUUAUUUCUGCCAAGUGCAUUUCCUUUCUCAGCCUCUCCCGGACGACGGCGGGGGGUGGGGGGUGGCAGGAGGGUGUGAUGGCAUCUCCGGCCCGGGGCCUCCCCAGGCCCCGAAAGGCGACCCCUAAGGAGACGCCCCUUGCGUGAGGAUGUCACAGGCCCCAGGCCAAGCCCUGACACGACAGGGAGCCCGAGCGGCCUUCUCAGCGGCCACCACCUCGUGUAAAUUCAGAAAAGACAUUGCAAAUGUAAGUUUCAAAACAAACAAACGAGCAAAGAUCAUUAGUGUCUUUCUUGGGGAAGAGAGCAAGCCAAUAAAGCCAUGUUCCAAACUGGCA